CGCCAUCUUCAACUUCCUAUUGUUUGCAUCAGACUGAGUCUGUCUGCCCUGUGUGUGUUUGUGAGACGAGAAUCUGCCACGAAUUUAUAUCAUUGUGUAGUAUUUACAGUCUUUACGUUUAAGGUCGCUCAAGUUAAUUACAAACUAUUUGUAUGUCAUUGGAAUAGAGACAUCUGGGGACGCGACCACUAAACCUUGACGAUGGAGGACGAUCAACCCAGAACCUUGUAUGUGGGGAAUCUGUCCAGGGAUGUCACCGAGCCUCUCAUUUUGCAGGUUUUCACGCAGAUAGGACCCUGCAAGAGCUGUAAAAUGAUAGUUGAUACAGCUGGAAAUGAUCCCUACUGCUUUGUGGAGUUCUAUGAACACAGGCAUGCUGCUGCCUCAUUAGCAGCUAUGAAUGGAAGGAAAAUAAUGGGUAAGGAGGUCAAAGUGAACUGGGCCACAACACCAACUAGCCAGAAAAAAGACACAAGUAAUCACUUUCAUGUCUUCGUUGGAGACCUCAGUCCAGAAAUAACCACAGAAGACGUCAAAGCUGCAUUUGGUCCAUUUGGCAGGAUAUCAGAUGCUCGUGUUGUGAAAGAUAUGGCUACAGGGAAAUCUAAAGGCUAUGGCUUUGUGUCUUUCUUCAACAAAUGGGAUGCAGAGAAUGCCAUUCAGCACAUGGGGGGUCAGUGGUUAGGAGGCAGACAGAUUCGAACUAAUUGGGCCACAAGAAAGCCCCCUGCCCCAAAGAGCACCUAUGAAAAUAACUCCAAGCACCUAUCCUUUGACGAAGUAAUGAGUCAGUCCAGCCCCAGUAACUGCACCGUGUAUUGUGGUGGAGUCAGCACAGGGCUCACAGAGCAACUGAUGAGACAGACUUUCUCCCCCUUUGGACAAAUCAUGGAAAUCAGAGUUUUUCCAGACAAAGGAUAUUCAUUUGUGAGGUUUAACUCCCAUGAGUCAGCAGCUCAUGCCAUUGUGUCCGUGAAUGGCUCUUCGAUAGAGGGCCACAUAGUGAAAUGCUACUGGGGUAAAGAAACCCCGGACAUGAUGAGCUCGAUGCAGCAGAUGUCUAUGCCCCAGAACAAGAUUGGCUUCGCUGCUGCCCAGCCCUAUGGCCAGUGGGGCCAGUGGUAUGGCAAUGGCCCCCAGAUCAGCCAGUAUGUCCCAAAUGGGUGGCAAGUUCCUACCUAUGGUGUCUAUAGCCAGGCUUGGAACCAGCAGGGCUUCAAUCACUUACCGGCCAGUGCUGGGUGGACUGGCAUGAGCGCCAUCAGUAACGGUGGGGUUAUGGAGCCUACACAGGGAUUGAAUGGGAGUAUGCUAGCCAACCAGCCCGGUAUGGGAGCCGCAGGAUACCCCACACACUGAAAAGUGGGAAGGGUGGGAAAUUUGUCAACAGUCUUAUUGGUUGCGUGCUGCCCUGCGGGGCUGUUUAACACCUCCUCCAUUUGUGGCAGGACUAAGACUUUACAGGAUGUGGAACCUAAUGAUGAGGUUGACAUCUGUGAAAUGUAAAUGGAAUUUCAUGAAGAGUUGAGGUAACUGGAGCCAGGGAGCAGUGAUUUGACCCACACGGGUGUUUACACACCUUUGCGGAAGGCGAUACUGGCCACGGACCAGGGCUCUUACCAUUUUUUUAAGUUAACUGUAAAUGAGAGUAAAAUUGUAAAGGAGAAAUUUUUCUUUCUUUUUUGUUUUGGUCUGGGUUUUUACAGUUUGCUUCCAUUUUCACACCUGUUUUCUGACAGCCACAAAGUUUUUUUUUUUUUUUUUUUUUUUUUUUUAAAUUGGAGUCGCACUAAGCUGUGAACUCGAGCUAUUAUUUGAGGAAUGGAAAUCUGUUAAAUAUUUUUCUAGUUUUCUCUUGGAUUUAAAUCAAUUGCAGGGAUUGUUGCCACUGCUGUUUCUCUGUAAGGGCAGAUAAAUAUUGCACAGUUUUUUCCUGUCUUGUACUUAAUAGACAAAUUUGACUACCAAGAGUGUUUCCUUUUGCAUUCCAUUUCUCCUUCAUAUCUGACAGCCUCAAAUCAUCUAAUCACAUCUGUAAAUAUCCAUUCUUUCAUUUGACACGAUGUAAGUAAAAUGCUACUGUUAACUGUGGGUGCUUGCUUUGUUUUGUUUUGAUAAUUUUACAGUUAACUCCCAACAUUGUUCGUAGCAGAGUGGCACUAUCCGAUGUGACAGUGGCACAGUGAACACAAUUCUUCCAUGCAGGGAUAAGAUAGCAUUGCCAUGCAGUGCAUACUUAAAUUUAACACAGUUCAAAUGUUAGAAGUUGAACAUGUAUGUUUGAAAACUGAUGUUUUUUUAAAUACCUAUUGAAACGCCAGUAUUUUAUAACAAAAAUCUGAGUGGAUUCAAGCUUUUCACUUGCUCUUUUUGCCGGCGAAAUGCGGAGGCCUGCAUUGUAACUGUUGCCUUAUAGAGCUGGUUUCUUUUAGCUGACAAGAUCCUCAUUUUAAUUAGGCAGUGCCUACAGACAUUUUCAACCCCUUUUGUUUAGAAAGGUGUUAGCCCUGAGAAAUGACUGCUACUGUAAUUAUGUUUUCUUGCUUUGUCCAAUUAAAAUGCUGAUGCACAUAUA